CAUCUUUUGGCGGGCGCGCUUUACCGAGGUGCCGAUACUACCCACUUGUUGAAGCUCUGAGCUCUACCUGCUCUCUUUCGAUGUAAACACUUGUUGCCUGAGCUGGACUCGUAGUCAAAGCUCAAUUCUACACACACACACACACAAGAUGCAGGCAUUUCGAUCAACACCGAGGGUAGCCUCUCAAUUCCGGUCAACGGGUCUACCUAGACUUGCGAGGGGAUAUGCGACAGAAAGGUCAUUCGAGCAUUUGCUUGUAUCGGUGGCCAGACCUGGUGUUGGUUUAAUCCAGAUCAACCGUCCCAAAGCUCUCAACGCCCUGUCCACCCCCCUCAUCCUCGAGAUCAACCAAGCACUCCGCGACUUCCAAGCCUCCAAAUCCAUCGGCGCCAUCGUCCUCACCGGAUCGGAAAGGGCAUUCGCAGCCGGUGCCGACAUCAAGGAAAUGAAGGACCUUACCUUCAGCGACGCAUACGGCAAAGACUUUAUAGAGUCCUGGUCCGACCUCAUCACAUUCCUUAAGAAGCCGCUCAUCACUGCCGUCAACGGAUACGCGCUAGGUGGAGGCUGUGAGCUCGCCAUGAUGGGAGACAUCAUGUACGCCGGACCCAAGGCCGUGUUCGGACAACCCGAGAUCAAGCUAGGCGUCAUACCCGGUGCAGGUGGCUCGCAGCGCCUUACCAAGGCAAUUGGAAAGUCAAGAGCCAUGGAAGUUAUCCUCACCGGCGACAACAUCACCGCGCAACAAGCAAGCGACUGGGGCCUUGUUGCCAAGGUGUUUGAGACACCCGAGGAGUGUGUUAGCGGUGCGAUCAAGACGGCGGAGAAGAUUGCGGGGUACAGCCAGAUCGCUGUCAAGGCAGCGAAGGAGGUGGUGAAUAAGAGCCAGGAACUUGGUAUCAGAGAGGGUGUGGAGUAUGAAAGGAGAGUGUUCCAUGGUCUGUUUGGAAGCCAGGAUCAGAAGAUUGGUAUGGCUGCUUUUGCGGCGAAGGAGCAAGCUAAGUGGACGAAUAAAUAGAUGUUCGUAGGAUAGAUGAAAGAAAGCCGAUGAAAUGAAGUCGCCUUCAUCAUAUUUGGUACUGCAUCUGGUCUAUCUACGAAGAGCUGUGUAACAUAGGAUACCGGAUCAGGUUUAACACUCAGAGAUGUGCUGAACUACGCGCUAGUUCUUCGAUACAAUUCCGGCAUACGUAUUAGAGAAUAGCGACCCCAAUUCCAUCACUUUCGGC